UUGAUCCGUAGGCCUAAAGUCGUGUAAGGGAAGGUGGGAGUGUCGAAAUCGCACCAUAUCAAAUUUCAAGACUCCACGAAACGAAGCAAAAACAAACAAACUGCCAAAAUUGGUGAAUAGGUCUGCUACCAAAUAUCUCGUCGAGGAAAAGAGUUAGCGGAUUCUGUCCGCCAUGAGUGCCGCCGCGCUGAUUCCGAUCACGAAUACCACCGCAUUACAGUUGCCGUGCUCAUCGACAACCGUGUCGAGAAGAAAACCCUCGGUUUCGACCAGGAAUUCACUUGUCAUUGAGACCGCGGAAGACCAGGCCUCGGCGGAGACUCCGCGGGAAUCCGUCGCCCGCCGCCUUAUAUUGCUACGUCACGCCAAGAGCUCCUGGGAAAACCGUUCCCUCAGAGAUCAUGACCGACCUUUGAGUAAAUCUGGGAGAGCUGAUGCUGUCAAACUCUCGCAGAAACUUGAGCAGUUGGGUUGGAUUCCUCAACUUAUAUUAUCCAGUGAUGCACAGAGAACAAGGGAAACACUGAAAAUCAUGCAGGAGCAAGUGAGGGGUUUCUUGGAAGCCGAGGUACAUUUUAUUUCAAGCUUUUACUCGAUUGCAGCAAUGGAUGGGCAAACAGCAGAGCACCUUCAACAGGCCAUCUGUAAAUACUCAAGGGAUGAGAUUCUUACAAUAAUGUGUAUGGGGCACAAUAGGGGAUGGGAGGAGGCAGCCUCCAUGUUUUCUGGUGUCUCCAUCGAACUGAAGACUUGCAAUGCUGCUUUGCUGGAAGCAACAGGAAAAUCAUGGGAAGAGGGUAAUAAGGCUACAUCCAUUAACAACCCUGAAAGUGUCUUGCAAACUUUCUAUUCAAUCAAAAAGGAGUUAAUUUGAGGCAUUUUCUUUGGCAGGGUUUGGUGGUUGGAAGCUGUAUGGCAUUGUAAAGCCAGAUGCUUAGGACUCGUCUUUUGAGACCAAACUAUCAUCCUAGCUACCAGUGCUCUUGCUUCGCCUCCUUUUAUGCACGGGGACAGAUGAAGAGGGUAAAAUUCCCUUUUCCAUCCAUUCUCACUAAGUAACUCUGCAAUCUUUCCUUCCAAUCCACCCUUUUGCUAUGGUUGCAAAGAAUUGGGUAUGAGCAGGAAAAAAAGAGCUCCGAUUGUUGGAAAUACUUCCCUUCUUGGCACUAUGUUUUAUUCAGCUAAGAGAAGUUCGUUUCUCCUAUGAAGUUGCGUCAUGAGGAAUGGAUACCUAUCUGUUGAAACUGGAAAUUUUAGGAGCAUCCAUGAACCCAGCCAGCUGAGAUGGAAUUUUGACUGAACCAUUAAGUUCUGCUGGGGUAUUCUCUACAAUGUUUUAUGUUCUUCAAUGUAUACUGUUAGUUUUCUCCAAUCCAUCUUUUUCGGUUCGUUAAAUGCCAAAAGAUUUAUGUUGGAGGAAAGGAAAAAAAAAAUGAAGUGGUAGAUUUAUUUAUGAGUGUCAAUAUCUUGCAUUUGCUCCUGGGCCUGAUUAAGGUCAUUUUCUGUAAGCUGUAUAUGUUGCUCACCUGUCACCUUUAUUGAACAAAAGGGUGACCUGUAAUCGCCAUGGUGCUGUUAUUUAUUUUAGAAUGAUAACCAAUCAGCUUGGAAAUUAA